CCCGAGCAGAGAACCGAGCAGUCCCGCGAUUCACGCACACAGCAUUUCAAUCCGGACCUGCAGGGGUUCGAGCCGCUGCUGUUCUCUGCUACUGCGCGGGUUCCACGGCGACCCAUUAGAAAUUUCAUUUGACUUCAUCUUUUUAUUUCAUUUUAUUUUUAUUUUCAAUCAUUCUUCAUUCUUAUUUUUUCCUUCAUCCAAUUAUUAAAUUCUUGCUCAUCUUUUCCAACUGCCUCAUUCCUGUUGGGAACUCUGGUAAUUUCCCCCCACUGCCUGAACGGAAUACCUCGAGACGAGCAUUUGUUUCACGAAUUUGGAAUUGGUACCUGCUUGGCUUAUUAUCCACACAGGGGGGAUUAACUUCCAUGUCUCAACGGACAUCCAACACAACGGCGGCGACGAGAGUCGCCUUCAUCUGAGGGGAAUGUAUACGUGCUCCUCACGGCCGGUUGAUCGGAGAGUGCUCCAUUCUGUCAUAUAUAUUACCGAAUGAGAAACUGCCUGCUAUCCACGGUGCUGCUCUCUCUCUCUGGACUAUUAGAGGAGUAGCUCUUCUCAUCUGGAUGGUUCACUUUUAACCGGGUUCAUAUUCAACAUUGUUUUCCUUUCUCCUGGAACGGGGAUAAAUUAGUUUGGCUUGUCACAGUCUGCUCUCCUCUUUUUUCUAUUUUUUGUGGUUGUCUUUUUCCUUUUUUAUAUUAGAAAUUCCCUCCAAACGGAAUUUGACCGUAAAGGUCAUAACGGACCAUGGGCGACUCUAUGUGGAGGUAUUACUUUGGAGUUUUAGUCAUCGCGUGCAAGGUGAACCUGUCACGCGCGCUCAUCCUCGACUCCAUAUACUGGAACACGACGAAUACCAAGUUUGUGCCAGGACAGGGUCUGGUGCUGUACCCACAGAUCGGGGAUAAGAUGGAUAUAGUAUGCCCACGUGUGGAUGGUGGCUCAAUGGAAGGAGUGGAGUAUUAUAAACUCUAUAUGGUUCCUCGGGAACAGCUGGAGUCCUGUACAGUCACAAAGGCGGACACGCCUCUACUCAAUUGCGUCAAACCAGACCAGGACGUCAAAUUCACCCUCAAAUUCCAGGAGUUCAGCCCAAACCUCUGGGGCUUGGAAUUCUUCAGGGGAAAAGACUACUACAUUAUCUCUACAUCUAAUGGAACGAUGGAGGGGCUGGAGAAUCAGGAAGGAGGGGUGUGUAAAACCAAGUCGAUGAAAAUCGUCAUGAAGGUUGGACAAAACCCCUCUGAUCCCAUUUUCCCCAAAGACUACCCCACCAGAUACCCCCCCAAACAUCACGAAAUAGGGGGAAAGGACACCAAAUCGAAUGAAGUACUUGACAAGCAUGAUGCAUCUCAUCAUGGAGAAGAAAAAGGAGAAGGAAAUAAAUCCUCAGUCAUCGGUUCAGAGGUCGCUCUGUUUGCUGGAAUCGCAUCAGCCAGCGUCAUCGUCAUUGUCAUUAUCAUCAUGCUGGUUUUCCUCCUGCUGAAGUAUCGAAGACGACAUCGCAAACACUCACCUCAGCACGCCACCUCACUGUCACUUAGCACGCUAGCCACACCCAAACGAGGCGGUGGCAGUGGCAACAACAAUGGUUCGGAGCCCAGCGACAUCAUCAUCCCGCUGCGGACUGCUGACAGUGUCUUCUGCCCACAUUACGAGAAAGUGAGCGGCGACUAUGGACACCCCGUUUACAUCGUACAGGAAAUGCCGCCACAGAGCCCAGCGAAUAUCUAUUAUAAAGUGUGAAAACGGCCACGCUUUAUUUGUGACAUUUUAACUCUAACCCCUGAAAGCCCCUCGAUUACCCCACUGUAGUGCAGGAUUGACGCCUGAGCUCAACCUGCCCCCUCGUGGCUGUCUAUUUUUUUUUUUGCUCUUGUUUAUUUUACAAUAUUCCUGAUGAAAACGCUCAGUAUAGAUGUUGCUGAUGGUGGAGUGAAGCUCCUGAUUUGCUGCUCAUGCACCUGCAAAAACUAUACAAACUAAAUUAAAGACAACAGGAAACCCUUUGGGGCAUUGACGUGCACUAUAAUGGACACUAAGGAUACUAUAGUGUGUGUGUGAGGGAGUGUGAAUUAGAUGAGCAUGGGAGAGGGGGGUUGAGGGGGUGGGCAUGAAAAGAGAUUUUUUAAUUUUUUAUUUCACUACAUCCAGAAAAGGAAAUGGAAAUGAGAAGUGAGGUGACAGUAUGAUGAACAUCAAGAAGUAAGACCUUGUGUUGUAUGUUGGGCAUGGCUUAUUGAGGAAAUGAAUGCAGCCCAUUGGUCACUGUUACAAGAAGUGGAUUAAUCGAGGAAACAGAAAGCUGACAUCCACGGUUCAAUGGAUGUUCAGAGCUUACAUUUGUUUUAUUUUAAAACACUCCUUAUUUCCCACCUCUUUCUCUUUUUGUCUUCUUGUAUGGUCAUAUGUCUUGCAUUUCUUUUUGUCAUUCCCUGUUCAGUCCACUUGCAGAUUUGUAUUGUAGAAGAAUAGGUAAUAGAGAUCCUUUUGUGUUGGCAUUACGGGACAUUUCUAAGUAGUAUGGGAGACACAAACACAUUUCAUUUUGUAUCUUAGCUGCCAAGGGCUGGAAGAACGAGAGAGACAGUAAAGGAGAAAAAGAUAGGGAAUGUCAGGUGAAAUGAUUAAAAUUUUGGUACAGUUGUUGCUGUCCUGUUACCUGCUGGGAAGGUGGAGGACCCACUUGAACACUUUAACUGCUCUCAGAAAGCCUCACCUUGCCCAUGUGGAGUACACACUCAAGUAAAACACAUUUACAGCAUCAAAACAGUCAGAGACAACAGGGAGCGAAUUCCCAAACAAGGCUUAUUGAGCUGUGAAGAGAUCUGUCAUUUUAGAAAGAAAAUGGCCACCUUCCCCAGGCAUGUUUGCUAGAGAUGCUUGUUGCUGCAAAAACAGACAAGAAUAUGAAAAAUGUAUUGUAAAUCUGCACAGUAUGCAAGCUUGAUAGGGUUGUCCUUUUUGUUAACAUGUAGUUUUCUCCAUUUUGCUAUUUGCUUUUUUCCAUUGAUCCCUACACACAUAGCUGCCUUUCAACCGCAAACACACUCGCAUGUGCUCAUGGCCAGGGAAGGGGCGGCUUUGGAAGGUGCCCUCAGGGAAAACAGCAUGUUGGAUUUUAAAAUAGCCAAAAGGAAUGAGAGGGAAGGGCCAUAAAUGGACCAAAGGAAGGGCACGUCUAACAGAGUCCUGACUAAACCAACUUCUCCGGCCUGCCUGUCUCUCUUGAUGAAGCUCAGAUGUGCUCUAGGUUGAAAUUAGGCCUCCUAAUCUGGAUGGAAAGCUAUAGACGUGGGUUAGCAGGCAUACCAGAUGAGAAUGAGUGCAGGCUAAAUGUAGUGCAUGAAACAGUAUCUUUUAGGCUCAAAUUGUGGGAUGUUUCUGAAGGGGAAAAAACACAUUGUCAUUUGUGACUGAUGGAGGUCACAAUGUGGAUUUAGUAUCCCACAAUCCUUAAUUUCAAAAGGAUCUCAAAUCUCCCAUGUUCCCACUAGUCAGUCCUCUCUUAGUGGUUAUGUGUGCUGAUAUUUGUGCAAACCCCUUUCUAAACAAUUCCAGCCUUUAAGCCCAUAUUCAUUUAUUUCCUACAUUGACUUUAAAUCUAAAUCUCAUUUAAAAUGUCCAAAAAUUGUAUGGGGACAUUUGACUGCUCAUUGCCAUGUUCGCACUGUUAACUGUUCAUUAAUUUUGUUUUCACUUGUUCAUGGAGGUUCUUCAAUCUCACAGAGAAGCCAAGCCUUGUGUGAUCAGAGCUUUGUGCCUCUGUAAGAGGCCACAAAAUCUGCAAAUAUGCAAUUUUUAUUUAUUUUUAUAACAAUUGAGGGAAAUAAUUGAUGAUAUAGGUUCACCUAUGGAAAAGUGUUCUUAACCACUGUAAUGAGUGAGAAAUUAAAUGAAACAAUACAGCUUAAGAAAAUACAAAAACCCCAGUGUGUUUUUAUUCCUAUUGUUUUUUUGUUUUUUUUACAUUGUGCUAUAGGUUCGAGGUUAACUGUGAAAACAUGCACACUAACACAUUUAGGAGUCUGAGCAGUUGUUUUAAACUAUAGAAGACACUCAUUCUACUAAAAUUAAACACAUGUUGCUGUUUGGUUGCUGUCCCAUAUGGGCUAAAUAUGACAAUCUCCUUAGUUUCUUUAAAUCUGGAGACACCUUUCCAGCAAGCAGGUUGCAGAAUUCCAGUAACAUUGUUUGAUUGGACUCAACGAGUAGCUGAAAAUGUUGCAACAAUGUUAAUGGAAUGGUUGCAAAACUCUGAGGGAAGUUUUUUCGGGCCACUGUAAAAUGCCUUGCUUGUAUGGUCACCCUGAGUUACCGAGACUCUAUUUUUUGCACCGUGCAUCUGUAGGUAAGAGGCUGUAAAUACGUUAUUGUUUGUAUUGUAUAUGGAUCCCCAUUUGUUAUGAUAGCCUUAUUCUCACAUUUCUAGAAAAUAAUAAUUAAAAAAAAAGAUAAGAAAAAAAAAAA